AUGCCCUCAAAAGAGCUCUCGUCGAAUUUCAUUUUUGGAGUUAUGCGCUCUGAGAUUGAAGAAGGCAAGAAUGAAGCGCUUGAGAAGAUCAAAGGAGUUAUUGAAAUUCGUAUUACGGUUGAAGGCAUCGAAAAAUUGGUUUUUACAUUCGAUUUACGAUCUCGGCCAGGCAUCGCUAAACGUGAAAAGUUGGAACCUAAACCGGAUGCGAUGAUGACAAUCGAAGAUGAAAAUUUCGUGAAGAUUUGCUCUGGCGACUUGGAUCCGGUUCAAGCAUUCAUCAUGAGAAAAUUUGUGGCUCGUGGCGACUUUCUCCUCAUGCAGAAUAUAGUGGCUAUAAUUGGUCAAGCUCUUCGAAAUGAGAGGCGGAGACGUCGCGAAAAGGCCGCUCAAAAUCCAGUGCCGGAAAUAACUGCUCAUCAACGUGCUCAAUCGGUUGAGCAACAUUGA